GGUAUUCCCAGUCUCUCCAGCAUAUAAAUGCAGCAGCAGCUCUCCAGGGUGAAGCUACCAGCUCUGUGGAGCUCCACUACAUCUGAUGAUCCGGCACUCCACAAGGUCACAACCGCUCUCCUCAGCUCUGACCCGAGGCCCAGGCACAGCCCCUCUUACCUGCCAACUACCAUCUGUUCAAGAUGGCGACCCGGUGGGGACUCUGCGGUGCGGGGAAGAUCAGCCACGACUUCAGUGUGGCCAUGAAAACCCUCCCUCCUGGAGACCACCAGAUAGUGGCGGUGGCUGCGAGGAGUCUGGAGCGUGCCCGGGAGUUUGCCAAGAAGCACAGCAUCCCUAAGGCCUAUGGGAGCUAUGAAGAGCUGGCCAGCGACCCAGAGAUUGACAUGGUGUACCUGGGCGUGCUGCACACGGAGCACUGGCGCCUGGGCCUGCUGGUACUCCACGCAGGGAAGAACAUGCUGUGUGAGAAGCCCUUUGCCAUGAACUCCAGGGAGGUGGGGGACCUCAUUGCUGCCUCCAAGAAGUCCAAUGUCUUUCUCAUGGAGGUGUGGGAAAGGCUCAAUGAGUGUUGGGGGUUCCAUCAACGUGUCUCAGCCAUCUGGUCCCGUUGUUUCCCACUGCACAGGGAGGUUCGCAGGCUGCUGGCUGAGGACGCCAUCGGCGACGUAAAGCUGGUGAAGGCCUCUUUUGGCUCCCCUCAGCUUCACAUCCCCCGCUCGGUGGAGAAGGAGCUUGGAGGAGGCGCUCUGCUGGACAUUGGGGUCUACACCUUGCAGUUUGUGUUGAUGGUGUUCAACGGGGAGAGGCCAGAGUCCAUCCAUGCCACUGGAGUUCUUCUCAACUCAGGAGUGGAUGAGUCCAUGGUGGUGGUGAUGAAGUUUCCCAGGAACAGGCUGGCUUGCUGUUUCUUCUCCAUCGCUGUUUCACUGCCUAACGACGCCACCAUCAGCGGAACAACGGGCACCAUCAGGGUUCUAGGUCCCAUGCAUUGUCCCACCACACUGGAGGUGAAUGGGAAGACGACACAGUACCCCCUGCCGGAGCCCUCCUUACCUCUGAACUUCACAAACAGCACUGGGCUGCGCUACGAGGCUGAGGAAGUCAGGCAGUGCCUGCUCAAAGGACUGAAGGAGAGCCCCAGAAUGCCCCUGUCUGAGUCGGCCCUGCUCACUGAGGUUAUGGAUGAGUGCAGGAAACAAGUGGGAGUGGUCUUCAACCAGGACCGCCAAUAACCACCCCUCACUCGCCACUCGACCAUAGUCCAUCUGACCUGUGCCACAGGACCUGGACAUGGACAGAGCUGUUUGAGGCAGGAGAGAGGGAUCAAGCCAUGAGUGUAUAUGAUCCCCUCACGACUUAGCCCUAUACAGCUUGCACCUGAUGUGAGACAAAUUUGAACACGAUGACGAUAAAGACAAGGAAGCCUGAGUUGAUUAGUAGGCUACUGUGAGCUGCUAAGACUGACAGGUUAAAUUAAGAGUACCAAAAUCUGUCACAGUGAAGUGUAUGAUUGAUGGGUUCAAUAAAGGACACUGAUUGUCA